AUGGCUACAACUUCCCAGCCUCCCAUUCGGCUGACCUCCCACAAGAAUUUUGUCUACCGCCUCGUCUUCUCGACCUUGACCGGCCGAACAGUCCACAUCUCGCAGAUUCGUCCGUCUUCGCCUACAAAUCCGGGUCUGGCACCGCAUGAAAUUUCCUUUCUACGUCUUCUCGAAUCCGUCACCAAUGGCUCGCAAAUGGAAAUCUCGUACACUGGUACGAUCCUCGUAUACAAGCCCGGUCUUAUCACAGGAAGCUCUGCUGGCGCUGGAUCAAGCAGCGGCGGUGUGAUCAGGCAUGAGAUCCCUGCUGGAUGCACCCGCGGCGUGAGCUACUUCCUCCUCCCUCUCUGCCUCAUGGCACCGUUCUCCAAGGCGCCUAUCAAGGUCCUCUUCACCGGUCCCGGUGUGAUUACAUCCUCGACACCCACGGGCGACAUGUCCGUCGACAGUGUCCGCACCGCGAUCCUGCCGCUCUUCAACCAAUUUGGCAUCUUCAACAACAUUGAGCUGCGUGUGCUGAAACGAUCUAACCCCGGCCCCAACGGGCGAGGAGGAGGUGGUGAAGUCCAGUUCGUCUUUGGUCACCAGGUCCGCCUUCCCAAAACACUACAUCUCAUGAACGCUGGAAAGAUCAAGCGCAUCCGCGGUGUCGCUUAUUCCGUCGGUGUCUCUGCGUCAAACAAUGCCCGAAUGAUCGAUGUCGCCCGCGGCGUCCUUAAUCCGCUCGUCCCGGAUACGUACGUCUUCUCGGAUGUCUCAUCCGCUCCACUUGUCCCGGCCAACGAUAGGAAUAACCCGUCGGCGAAGAAGAAGAUCGGUCUCGGCUUUGGUCUGUCGCUAGUCGCAGAGUCCUCAACCGGCUGCCUGUUCUCCGCCGACGUGGCUUCGCCGCCCAGCGGUGGUCAGCCGCCCGAGGAUAUUGGAAAGCAGUGCGCGUAUCAGCUGCUCGAGACGAUCUCUAAGGGUGGCUGUGUCCCUUCCGCGGCCUUCCCCAUCAUGGUCGGAUUGAUGACCAUGGGCUCCGAGGAUGUUGGGCGUCUCCAAGUCGGCCGUGAUGUCGUCGGUGACGAAAGCGCCAUCCAGCUGGCGAGAGACUUGGUCAAGUUCGGCGCGCCGGGCUGGGGUCUCAGAGAGGCCUCUUCUGGUGAGGAAAAGACUGGAGAUAUCAUCGUCAGCGUUGUUGGGCGCGGUAUUGGCAACGUCGGACGUAAGGUAGCUUGA